AUGAAGUCCUUCGGAAUCAUCGCUGCUUCCGCGCUCUUCGGAGCUAUUGCCAAUGCCGCGCCCCUUAACAAGCGCGACGUCGUCUGGGUCACCGAGAUCGAGACUGAUGUUGUCACCGUCCCCGUCACUAUGACUGUCUGGGCUGGCGCUGAGGAGACUACCGUAGCUGCCGCUAUCACUACCACUGAGAGCAGACACGGACACCAAUUCUUCCACUCCAAGGCCCCCAAGGCUUCGACAACCUCAAUUGUUGCUCCCGUCGCUCCUACCACCACCAGCUCUUCAGUCUAUGUCGCUCCUACACCCUCAAGCACUUCAGUAUACGUCGAGCCCACUCCUUCGACUACUUCGGUCUACAUCGAGCCCACUCCCUCGACUACUGCCGUCUACGUUGCUCCUACCACUAGCAGCACCCCGGUCUAUGUUGCUCCUACCACUUCUUCUGUCUACGUCGCACCCACCAUCGAGACCACUUCGGCCUAUGUUGCUCCCACCACUAGCACUACUAGCAGCGCUCCUGCCGCAGCCACUAGCUCCUCAUCUUCCGGCUCUAGCAGCGGCAUGGCUGCAUCUGGAACCGAGUACACGGGAGAUCUGACCUGGUACCAGGUUGGCUUGGGUUCUUGCGGAAUCGACAGCACCUCUGAUGAGGCCAUUGUUGCCAUCUCCCACACCAUCUUCGACGACCCACAGUACGCCACUGCCAACCCUAACCUCAAUCCCCUCUGCGGAAAGACCGUCAGCAUCAAGGGCAAGGACGGAUCAACCUACAAGGCCAAGGUUGUUGAUCGUUGCGUUGGCUGUGCUGCGGCCGACCUCGAUCUCAGCGAAGGCUUCUUCAACACCGUCACCUCCCACGGCGAUGGCCGUGUUCCCGAGAUGUCCUGGUCUUGGGAGUAA